UGCCGGCGCAGGUGAGAUCGAGGCCGGCCGGGGCAAUGCCUGCACGCAGCCGCCACCGCCCCAGGGUCCACUUCGGCUCUCCUACCGGGGUUCCGCCCCCGCCGCUUGAGGCGUCUCACUCCGGCGAGGCUCGGAGGGCGCCGGGUUCCGACAGCUGCUCAGACGCCGACUCGGAGGCGGGUCUGGGGAGCCCGACUCGGACCGCGCAGGCAGUGGAAGAGGAAAUGGCUUUUCCUAAUCAGCUCUGCAUUCGCCGCUGGACUACCAAGCAUGUAGCUGUUUGGCUGAAGGAUGAAGGCUUUUUUGAGUAUGUGGACAUUUUAUGCAAUAAGCACCGACUUGAUGGAAUCACAUUGCUAACGUUGACUGAAUAUGAUCUCCGGUCUCCUCCUCUGGAAAUCAAAGUCUUAGGGGACAUUAAAAGGUUAAUGCUGUCAGUCCGAAAAUUGCAGAAAAUACAUAUUGAUGUUUUAGAAGAGAUGGGAUACAACAGUGACAGUCCCAUGAGUUCCAUGAGCCCUUUCAUCAGUGCUAUUCAGAGUGCAGAGUGGCUCUGUAAUGGGGAACCUUCACACGACUGUGACGGACCCAUCACUGAUUUGAAUUCUGAUCAAUACCAGUAUGUGAAUGGUAAAAACAAACAUUCUAUUCGAAGAUUGGACCCAGAGUAUUGGAAGACCAUAUUGAGUUGUAUAUAUGUUUUUAUAGUGUUCGGAUUUACAUCUUUCAUAAUGGUUAUAGUGCACGAGCGAGUGCCUGACAUGCAGACCUAUCCACCACUCCCGGAUAUAUUCUUAGACAGCGUUCCUAGAAUUCCAUGGGCCUUCGCCAUGACAGAAGUAUGUGGCAUGAUUCUGUGCUAUAUUUGGCUCCUGGUUCUUCUUCUUCACAAGCACAGGUCAAUACUUCUGCGAAGGCUUUGUAGUCUGAUGGGCACUGUAUUCUUGCUUCGCUGCUUUACCAUGUUUGUGACCUCCCUCUCCGUGCCAGGACAGCACCUACAGUGUACUGGAAAGGUAUAUGGCAGUGUAUGGGAGAAAUUACACCGGGCCUUUGCCAUUUGGAGUGGCUUUGGUAUGACCCUAACUGGCGUUCACACUUGUGGAGAUUACAUGUUCAGUGGCCACACAGUCGUCCUAACUAUGCUGAAUUUCUUUGUCACUGAAUAUACACCAAGAAGCUGGAAUUUCUUGCACACUUUAUCCUGGGUUCUCAACCUCUUUGGAAUCUUCUUCAUUUUGGCUGCCCAUGAACAUUAUUCCAUUGAUGUGUUUAUUGCCUUUUAUAUCACAACAAGACUUUUUUUGUACUACCAUACUCUAGCCAAUACCAGAGCAUAUCAGCAGAGUAGGAGAGCAAGAAUUUGGUUUCCCAUGUUUUCUUUUUUUGAAUGCAAUGUUAAUGGUACAGUCCCAAAUGAAUAUUGUUGGCCAUUUUCAAAACCAGCAAUAAUGAAAAGACUAAUUGGAUGAAGACUGUCUUUGUAAUGUGUUCAUGAUUAAAUAUACAGUCGUUGUUGAAAGUGAGUAACUUUGCUUUCUCCCCCUAGGUUGUUCCUGGAUGUCUUGCUUUUUGGCCUGUAUGUUGACAAAGUAAAGUUCCCUGUCCUGAGCAAGGCUGUGAUUAUAGCAAGCAAGAAAGAAUAAUUAAGA